AUGGCCAGCAUGGUGGUCCAGCUCCUGGGCUUCUUCCUGGGUCUGUUGGGGCUUGUAGUUAGUGUAGUUGCUACGGUGCUCCCCCACUGGCGGCGGACGUCAUAUGUGGGCUCUAACAUCAUCACAGCCACUGCAUACAUGAAGGGGCUCUGGAUGGAGUGUGUGUGGCACAGCACGGGCAUCUACCAGUGUGAAGUACAUCGCUCAAUGCUGGCUCUGCCACCUGACCUGCAAGCAGCGCGGGCAUUGAUGGUGCUAUCCUGUCUGACCUCCACCCUGGCAGUCCUGGUGUCCUCUACAGGGAUGAAGUGUACCCGCUGUGCCCGACGCUCCCCCACCAAGCACGUCCUGGCCAUCAGCGGAGGGGUCUGCUUCCUGUCUGCAGGCAUGCUCUGCCUUUUCACUGUCUGCUGGACAACCAAUGAUGUCAUCCUCGACUUCUACAACCCCAUCCUACCUGAAGGUAUGAAGUAUGAGAUUGGCAUGGCGGUGUAUUUGGGCUAUGUCUCGGCCUGUCUAAGUCUGAUGGGAGGGGCAGUGCUCUGUUGGAACUGUGAGGGGCGGACCGGGAACGCCCUCCCCCUCCAUCUACCUCGUCAUCACCACCCUCCUCCUCAACCUGUCUUCAACACUUUAAACACCCCAGCACCCCCCUACUAUCCCCCUGCCGCACUGAAUGGCAACCGCACUCCCUCACGCACCUCAGUGUCCAGCAGUGGCUACAGACUCAACGACUAUGUCUGA